ACUCCCACAGAGAAGGUUACAAAAUGGAGGCGGAGAGCAUCAAAUCCCCCAGAUCUCUACCUGUGAGCCAGGUCUUCCUUCAGGAGCAAAGAGAUGAGAUGUUCGUAGCUCAGCCAGUCAGUUUGCCCCAGUCCCUUUCUCCUCACAAGGCCCCCCAGGUCGAUCUUGAGCAGCUCCUGGAACUGGAAGGGUUCUACCAUGAACUGGAAGCUCUUCAGCCCCAAGGGCUGAGGACUGGGGAGGCCCAACAGCCACAAGAAAACAGGGAUUUCGGUGAACCAGAGAAGCAAGCGGCAACUGAACCCCAGGGAACCAUGGGCCUUGAGAUCCCUCAGGAGUGGAGAGGUUCGGAGUCCCACCAGCCUCCACCAACAGAUCAGGAGGCCACUGAGACACGUGAGACAUGGCAAGGUCAGCAGAUGAUCCCUCAGCCUCCCCCAAGCCAGAAGGGAGCUGAGGGGCCUUGUCAGCCCCCAGGAAGACGUGUGAGAUCGCCAAAGCUGAAGGCACCUCAGAAAAUCCUGGGGCAAGAAUGUUCACCAGAGGCAUCUGCCGAGGUUCCAGGGGUGAGCGAACCCCACGUUUUCCAGUCCCAGGAAAGCAUGGAGCCACAGGCUGAGUGGGGUUCCCUUAAAGCUGAGGGGAGCGUGGCCCAGCUGGAACCCGCACCCACAGAGCCCCACGAGCAGCAUCGCUUGGAGUUGUGGGGAGUUCUGCUGGGGAGGUCCAAGUCUCUUGACCCUCAGGAGUUGACGAGGACACAAGACCUUGAGGACACCCGGGGAAUGAGGAGGGCAGGAGAAGACCCACGUUCUCAGGACAGGGAGAUGCCCUCAUCCCGAGAGCCACCGUACUACCAGCCGCAGCAAGCUCUCCAGCCCCACAGCAAUUUCCCAAACCGUCAGGGAACUCCCGAGGAAGUGCAGGACCCAAACACCCUUUUCCGCCAGAAUCUGAGGGAACCCAAGGUCCAUGGCAUGGGUGAUCAUUUCCAGGUGGAAGACGGGGUGCAGCGCCAUCUCCCAGAAGGCGCGAAGCUGUGCCGGGUGUGCAGGCAACAGGAGCUCCAAGGAGAGGUGGGAGCCCUUGAUUCUCAAGGGACGGAAGGACCACGGGCUUUUCAGAGUCAGGAACAGAGAUUGAAGGAAGCAUUGCCAGCUGAAGGACCUCAACCAAGGAUGCUCUCAGCCCCUGGGAUGUACCACUCAGACCGUGGAGAUCUGGAGCCUGGAGCACCGAGCAGAAGGCUGGAGGCAUCUCCCCUGUGGGAGCAGGCCCCCAUUGGCACCUGGAAGUCCACCGCCAUGGCCAUGCUGUCUCCCCCCAGCCCUGGAGAACGUGACGAAGAGCCCGUGUGUACGCCAGCAGCUCUUGGCGUGGGCCUGUCCAGAGAGAGCUCCAUCUGCAUAGCCCAGCCUGAGAGGCGCUCUGGAGUGUCUUGGGAUGGCGAAGUUGACAUGAGUUCCACAGGCUCCAUGAUUUCUCCAUUUUGGGAGGAGUCAGCUGCUUACUCUGAGGCAGACAGCGGCUCCAGGGCGAUGGCAGGCAGCUCCUGCAGUGCGGCUGCAGAAGAGGCAGGUGGGCACCAGCCUCCCCGCCCUCGCCCACCGUGCCGGGAGAAGGCCUUUGUGUGGCUGUCCCGCCAGGAGAAGGAGGCGGCUCUGCGGCGCUUGGCGGAACUUCAGGCCGAGGGAGAACGGCGGCACCAGCGGGACAAGGAGCGCCAGACCCUGCGGUUCCAAGAGAGGCUGUCCAUCGCCAAACACCGCAAAUCUGAAGACGACCUUCUGGGAAGCAGUCCGGCAGAGUUCUGGCCUCUCCCAUCAGAGUACGAGGGCCAGGUGAGGCCAUUCCUCCAGGCUCAGCAAGACCAGGCUGGACAGAAAACCGCAGUGAAACUUCACUUGGAGAAGGUGAAGAGAGAGCGGACCUAUGUCAUGCAGUCCAAGAGGGAGAGGAACACGCUGCGAUUCAAGGAGCUCCUGAACCCACUGGUGGCCGAAGAAGAGGAGAUUCCUGAGCAAGAACAGCCUGGAGACUCGUGAACAGAGCAGGAGGAGGACGUGCCCCUCGGAUCCGCCCCCCUUCCGCCUGCCUUCCUGCAGGACCCACCUUCCUCAUGGGUUUCUAAGCCUAUUGCUAUUUCAACUUUUCGAAAGCCUUCAAUGGUUGUUCCGAUUUCCCCUUUGCAAUAAUUGUAUGGCUUCACCUCUGUUAUGAGAAUUCUAAGGUCUCAAAUAUAAAUUAAACGCUCAUAAAUGUACAAGGCGGGAGGCGGGUGGCG